AUGAGAUUAACUCUGCACACUGUCAUCUGCUGCUGUGUUUUCACCACCGUCCUGCCACUGGUGAAAGGCUCUGCAGGGGAGCUCAACACCAGCCUGAAAAAAAGGUAUAAAGUAUGGCUGCAGACCCGCAUGAAAAGAGACCUGUGCAACAGCACAGUGACAGACAAUGAGCAGAACUCUGGCGUCCAUGUUGGACCACAGCAGGAUGAGAAUGCAAAAAGUGUCUCGCCUCCAUCAAGCACUGGGCCACCAGUCAGAUGCAGCAGGUCAACAUCCCCCAAAUCAUCCGGCUGCAAUCUUGUCACAUGCGUGUACCAAGACCUGCUCCACCGGCUGCACCAGACCAACAACAAGCUAAAGUCUUGCUCCCCUGGGCACAAGAUUGGCUCAAACGGCUACGGACGCCGCCGCCGCUCCCUCCUCGAUGACGUUCGGCAUGGCCUCCGGACAGGAAGACAGAGACGGAGCACCGAAGCUGCUUCCAACGUGAGCUCGGCAGCAGAGAUACAAGACAAAUCCUGCGGACCUUCUCUGAAAUACCCGUGA